AUGCCUGCCACCACAAUCUCGUCCAGCACAAGAGCCACGCGAUCGCGAUACUCUAGUCCCCAGCACACGCCCAACGGCACGGCCGCCCCGUCGCGGGCUCCCAGCAGCGCUCCCAGUGCUGGCGCCGGCCCAGAUGGGUCGAGGGCAUUUAUGCACCGCUGGCUAGAGCCCCCCGUGCAAGUGAAGGCGAGCUACCAGGACGCCGGCCUGAUGCGUCACGGCGUGGUCGAGAACAUGGCUCCUCUCGGCACCAUGCCGAAGGUUGGCAUCUUCAAAAAGGCGCCACCUCCCCCCCCUGAGCACACCCCCAUCCGCAUCAUAUUGAAACGCCCUGCGGCGACUCCCAGCACGCCAGUAGCGGCCGUCACCCCUGCAGUUGCUGCCUCAGCGCCCGAGGAAGACGAAACAGAAGAGGAAGGAGAGGAUUAUGAUCAAUCGGGCGACGAAGACGACGACGAUGACGGAGUCGUUGAUGACGACGACGACGAUGAGGAAGAAUUCCAGAUGGACAUGAACCGUGCUCGCGACGCAAGAGGCGCCGCCGCGAUUGCAGCUUCACGUCGCUCGCUUGGCUCGCGAAAUGCGGAUAACGAGUGGGCCCCAGGGAAGUCAUCACCACAAAAGGGCUUUGACCCGCGCAGGAGCACGUCGCGGACGAGCGGCGGCGCCAGGCUUGGAUCCUUCUCGUCAAUACAGCAAUCGCCCACGACGACGGCUACGUCUCGCAUCGCCGACCUCAGGGAACGCACCGAAAGGGUGGUUGAGGUGGCCGUGGACGAGGCUAUAGUUUAUUUCAGGUACCCCACCGCCUGGGCACUGCGCACGCUCUAUGAUGAAAACUGUGCAAAUCAAGAAUUUCUCAUCAUGAUUGAGAAGGUGUUCCUGCAGACUGCCGACUCGAGCACAGUCAAGGAAUUUGCACGUCUCAUACAGGCGAAAAAGAAGGAAGGAAAAAAGGACAACAAAGGCUGUUACUAUUUCGUUCCGCCAUCUACCAACAGCCGCUUCGCCCCCCGCAAGGCCAAGCGAGCGCCGUACGGGAGCCUCGUCAAGCUUGACAUAUCUUGGCUGCGCCUGAACCGCGACUCCCGUGAGCCCCGUGACCGUGAUCGCGACCACGACAACGGUCGCAAGUACGGCGAGUCGCCCAGCAAACAGCCACAUCGCGAGCCCUCUCGCGACCCUUCUGCCGACACAGAAAAGGAAGCUGGACCCGAGGCGUCUCCCGCAUUCGUGCAAGAACCCGUGCAGCAGCAGCCCGUGCAGGAGUCUGCUCGGGAGCCAGAGCAUGAACCGAAGCGCGAGCCGUCUCCCGACCCUGUGCAGGAGCAGGUACAGGAGCCGCCUCGCGAGGCUCACGUCCGCAAGAAGCGAAGAUCAAACCGCCAUUCCGGGUCGGCGUCCAAGAUGUCCGCCCACGGCCCCAACGGAAAGUCCAAGACGGACUCGCCUCUCCGACGACGGACACGAAACAACUCAAUGUCCAGCUCAUCCUCCCUGUCCAGCGCGCGGUCCAUGACACCACCCGCUAGCAUUCAGGCCGAGGAUGAAGAGGACGAGGGUACCACCGUUGAUAGAUCGCCUUCUCGAGCAAGCCCAACGCCCGAGACCAAAGGCAGCACCAAUGCCGCCGGUCGUAAGCCAAUCAACAAGCGACGACGCUCGCAGCCAGCAAGAAAGAACGGAAACGUGUCAAACGCUCAACCCCGGCCUACUGUCUCAGCCAGUCGCCGCUCUACCGCUGCCACGGAGCAAGCUGCUGCGGCGCCCGAGGCAACCGAGACGGGCGAUGCUGCCGUCAUGGAGCAGCAGCCUUAUGACAUGCCUGCCGUGGUAGACGCGCCUCUAUUCCCUCACCUGAACUCGAUGAAGAAGGGAGGUCGAUCGGGCAGCCAAGGCGUCUCUUUCCCCAGCAAGGUUGGCCGAAUCGACGAAAACGAUGCUAAGCUGCGCCUGCGACAGAGUGCCAAGAAGGUGACGGCAGGCGUCGAUACGCUUGUGACGGAGAGCUACACCAGAAUUCCGGCGCACAUGGACGAGCCGAAACUAGAUUUUGAGGAACAAACUAGCGCGUCCGCAUCCGCAUCCGCGUCCACAUUCGCGUCCGCAUCGCAACUGCCACGGUCUUCGCUUCCUCCCGCUCGCCACACCCCGGUGGCAUCGACAGCACGCAGCACACGGUCAUCACGGAAACGGUCGCACGAUGAGCUUGACGAGCAACCGUCUCCCACGACGGCGCACUUCCCAGCAUCCGAAAUGGCAUCUACAGCCGCGAACUCACGCGCCGGAACACCUGCUCUGCGGACUGUCAAACGUCCUAGAACAGGAGGAGUGCGAGUCAAAACUUCUCCGAUGAAGAAGAAAUCAGGCACGUCAGCAGGCAUUCCUCGCGCCAGCGGUGAGCGUAAUAGCCCCAGUGGCAACGGUGCAGGUUCCAAAGAGGACGAUAAUGACGACUACUGCUCGUCGUGUGGUGGCAACGGAGAGCUCGUCUGCUGCGACGGCUGCACGCGGUCCUUCCACUUCUCGUGUGUCGACCCGCCCUUGAGGCAGGACUCGAUGCCUGCCGACUGGUUCUGCAAUGUCUGCCGCACCGCCAGAGACUCUGCAAGCCUCCCCAUCCACACGGGCGCGCUCGCCCUUCUACUCGAGAGGCUCGACGCCAAGAACUCGAGCGCAUUCCGAUUGCCGGACCAUGUCCGCGACUACUUUGAGGGCGUCCAAACCGGCGUCGACGGCGAGUACGAGGAGACUCCCACGGUUACCAAGCCCGGAAAGUAUGUUAAGAAGGCCGAAGAAGAGCCGGUUCCAGACUUCUUCAGACUGCGUGAUGCUGAUGGCAAUGCCGUCGUUUGCCACAACUGCCAGAAGUCUAGCUCGUCAAACCGCGCCAUCAUCCCAUGCAGCCUCUGCGGUCUCUUCUGGCAUCUUGACUGUCUUGACCCUCCGCUCGCCAAUCCCCCGGUGCUCCGUACCUGGCGAUGCCCGUGCCACAUUGAUGACCUACUUGCCAGGCUUCCUGGAGCUCUGGGCCCUGCGCACAGGUUCCGCAAGAUCAAGGGCGCUCCCGUCAUUGAGCCUACCUUCAGCCGAGGCUACGUCAACAAUGGCCACAUAGAGGUAGAGCUUGACGCCAGCGAAGACGAGAGCGGCUGGCGGGAUGUCGAGACGUACGGCAAGACGGUGCGACUUUCUGAAAAGGGCAUCAAGCUGGACUUUUUGUCUCGGAUUCCGCAAUUGAGAGCUCCCACUCCAGAGCUCGCGAUAUCACCUGUCCAGCCGAUGCAACCCAUGCAGCCAAUGCAGCUGUCGCUGAACACGUGGACCCUUGAUGAGCAACAAGCCGCCCACAACCUUGCACAGCUCAGUGGCCAGGGUGCUGCGCCCAUCACAACCCUGGUCGACACCUUACUGGCUCAGGCGCCCCCGUCCGUCAUAGGCCUAAUGGCUCGGACCAAUACCCAACACGUCCAGAAUGGUUCCCUCACAAAUAUUGAUGAGCAGAGCCUACGGGCCAUGCUGGUCUAUAUGGAACACAUGCGCCAGGAAAUAAAGCAAGUCCUGAGCACAGCCGCACCUAACGGACAAGCGGCCGAGACGACUUCAAGUCUCGCAAAUUCUCAGGCUACAGAUGCCGCGUCGGAAAAGACCAUCAUGGUCGAAUCGGAACGCCAGGCAGCCAAGGCAGGCUUCAGGAAGAACCUGCCCUCUCCUGCAGCAACUGACGACGUUCUUCCCACUACCAGAGAAGCUGGGCAGAAGAAGAACACGGAGGCCGAUCCGGGCCCUCCAGCUCUAGCCGAGGAUAGUUCGGAGCCAGAGGAUGCCGGCCUCCCUCUUACCCCAUCCAAGGAUACGGGUGACCGUGGACGGGAUGACGGUAUUGUUUUGGAGCCUCGAAGCGAUAAGACGGUUGUCGAUGACAAUGCCAUGGACCUCGACUAA